UUACGAACACCCAAACUCUUGUUUGUCGGCUUUUGCCGCACCGCCCCUACUCUCCAAUACAGACCACAAUUCUAGUCUUGUAAGGAACCAGGUGUCUCUGGAACGCCACGUCCAUGUCACUUGAUUACCGAACAAAUAAACAGUUAGAGCAUGCUCUGCUUUUAGGACACGUUCCACUAACUUCUUUUCUCUUCUAUCCUAUUCUAUAUCUAUAAAGGAAGAAUUCCAUCACCCUCGUUUUUCUCUGUACUCUAGCCUGAGUUUACUAGGAUAUUUGAGAUGGGAGAUGAUCACAUGCGAGUUGGAGUAGAAGCAGCAGCAGCAGCAACAGUAAACGAUCAUAGUAGCAGCGUUGAUCAUAGAAAAGAGGUGGAUAUUUACCCUCUAAGUUGUUACUAUUUUGGGUCCAAAGAAGCCAUUGUUUUCAAGGAUGAAACUCUGUCCGAUCGUAUUAAUAGGAUGAAAUCCAAUUAUGCUGCUUAUGGAUUGAGGACUUCUGUAGAAGCAGUUAUUCUGGUUGAGUUGUUCAAACACCCUCAUCUGUUGCUGCUGCAAGUUAGAAAUUCCAUCUUUAAGCUUCCUGGUGGUCGUUUGAGGCCUGGUGAAUCAGAUGUUGAUGGACUGAGACGUAAGCUUUCCAGGAAGCUUUCUGCCAGUGAAGAUGGCAAUGAAACUGAAUGGGAGGUGGGAGAAUGUCUUGGCAUGUGGUGGCGGCAUGACUUUGAAACAUUAUUGUAUCCUUACUUGCCACCCAGUGUAAAAAAGCCUAAGGAGUGCAUCAAACUCUUCCUGGUGAGAUUGCCAGAGAGUCGAAAAUUUAUUGUACCCAAAAACCUGAAAUUGCUUGCGGUUCCACUGACACAGAUUCACGAAAAUCACAAGGUACAAGUUAAUACUACAAAUUGGAAUAAGUAUAUCUUGUUUGGACAUUCAAUCAGGACUAAUCUAUACCAUCGUGUUUUAUAUAACAUUUGAUGCAAUUUCACUGCCAUGUUUUGGAUGAUACUUUAACAAGUUCAUUUCAGAUAUCAAUAAAUAACCGUCUUUUUAUGGCAGCUUCAUUUUGAUGUCCUCAUAUUUAUGCUAUGAACUCGUUUGUUCAUAGUGUAAGAUUUUCACCAGGGUUUCAGAUGUUGCUUACUCUUCUAAUUUCUGUAGACAUACGGACCGAUAAUAUCAGGAGUACCACAGUUGCUAUCUAAAUUCUCCAUCAACAUUAUUGACACUUAGAAUAUGAAUGUUGACCAUAACGUGCGGGUUUGAGGUAAAAUCAUAGGAAAUGGUGAGAAGAUGUUUGCAGCAGCUGAUAGAAGUUUUCAGUCUUGGGUUUGUAAUUUUCAUGAAAUUUCGAAACACAGUUGUAUAUACCAUAGUUUUCUUACAGGAAGUGAUACAUAAUAUUGAGCUCACAAUAUUAAAUUUAUCUUGAUGUUUGCUCUUUUUUUAAUUUCUUUUUCAGAAUGCUUCAAUUUCUAGACGACAUGAGUUGAAUAGCAAAUCAUACUCUAUUUUUUUUUUCUCUUUUAUCUGCUGAUAAAACAAACUUUGUUCAUAUUUUAUUUUGCAAUGUAUUAGCUCACUUAUUUUAGGUCGUUGCCAUGGUAGAAGUACGUCUGUCUGGUUAUAUUUAGUGGGCUAAAGUUUCUGGUAAAGGCCCGUUGACUAUAUUCUCUUUGAAGGCGGGGAAACCAAGUCGAUGAUUCAAUGAAAGGGUUCAGGCUUGGGAGCCCUUCAUUAAUUUCUUAAGCCAAUAAUAUCAAAUCCACUUAUCAUUCAUAUGAAUCAGACUCACUAUUCAGAGGCGAGAUCCAUUGGAUUCCUCCUAAGAAUUGCGCACGUAGAUAGAGAUUGUGUUUCUCCCAUGUUGGCAGGCAGCGAAAUGGAAAAGUGUUGCCACUUUUUGAGAGUUUUAGUCAAAAUUAGGUACCUUCUCUGCUAUUAUCAAAAACAGAUUCAGGGAUACGGGAUUCCACGGAGAGCUGAGAGCCAAGUGGUUCCAUAUCCAUUCAUGGUAGAUUAUUAGAUUUGAUGUUUGGCAGGUUUCAAGCAGGUUCAUUGUACAAUCUAUAGAACGCGAUUGCUAUAAACUUGCAAUAACUGCAUCUAAGGUUUUCCUGUUUCCUUUUAGCUAUAACUGUUCAUGAUUCUGGGUGCACUUUGUGCUUCGUAGUUUGCAGUUUUGCUUAUCGAGCAGUUUCUCCCUUGUGGUUAUUGCAAGUGCCUUAAUCAACGCUGGCUUAUCGAGUAUUUGCUAAACAAGUCUCGAGUUUUCCGGAGUUGCUUGAUGAAACCAAACCAGGAUUGCUAAACAAAUUUUUGCUACCGACAUGAGAGAAUAAAUUUUGAUAGGGAGAAGAAAAAACAAAAACAAUUUAUGGGCAACAAGAAACCGUAACUACCAAAUUGCCUGGCCCUCCAAGCAAGUCUGCUAUUUGCCUGCUAGCACUUGCUGCUUCCAGGCUAGCUGGUAGCUACCUGGUACUGCUCAGUAACUUUCCAAGUCUGCUGGUACAUAUCCCUACAUGUGAAUCGCCAUAAAUACGAUCUUAUCCUUGC